GGGCUCCAUACCGCAUCUCCUUCCUCCCCAUCCCCACACCGCAGGGGCCACGCCGCCAACCUACGACCCAGACCCGCCAUCCAUCCCACAACGUCGGAGGAGACAAAUCGCCAGACAAGACCCGUCGUCGGUUGAUUCCUAACCGGCGCCAAGGGAUUCGUUCCGAUCCCUCCCCCGCCCAUUUCCUUCCCCCGCCCGGCAGGCCGAUCCACCACCCCCGUCCUGCCGGAUCACGCGCUUCUUUCUUGCGUCGGCGCAGAUCCAAGAAACGCACCCCUCCCACCCUCCGGCGGACAGGCACUCGGGCGCCGGGCGCGGGGCGAGGGCCGAGCUUGAUAUGCUCCCAGCUUGCUGAGGAUCGCCGCUGUCCAGGCCACCCUCUGUUCCGGCCGGCGAGCUACCGAUCAAAAUGAUGGAGGACGAACAAUCAGCCACAUAUACUGUGGAUGACGCCCUUAUAUCUUCAGGUUUUGGGAAGUACCAAAUAUUGAUUCUCGCCUAUGCUGGGAUAGGCUUAAUCGCUGAAGCAAUGGAGAUGAUGCUGCUAUCAUUUGUUGGUCCAUCAGUUCAGUUAGAAUGGAAUCUUACUGCUCACCAGGAAAGCAUGAUUACAAGUGUUGUUUUUGUUGGAAUGCUAAUAGGAGCUUACUCUUGGGGUGUGGUCUCAGAUAACUAUGGAAGGAGGAAAGGGUUUCUCUUUACUGCCAUUAUGACGAGUGGAGCUGGAUUCCUGAGUUCGUUUUCUCCAAACUAUUUAUCUUUAAUGGCUCUACGAUUUUUAGUCGGUAUUGGCUUGGGAGGAGGACCUGUUCUUGGAUCCUGGUUCUUGGAAUUUGUUCCUGCUCCAAGUAGAGGAACCUGGAUGGUGGUACUCUUAGCAUUUUGGACUGUCGGUACCAUCUUUGAGGCUUCACUUGCAUGGCUCGUUAUGCCCAAGUUUGGCUGGAGGUGGUUGCUAGCGUUAUCAUCUGUUCCGUCUCUCCUCCUGCUUUUGUUUUAUGCCAUCACACCAGAGUCACCAAGGUUCCUAUGCAUGAAAGGCAGAACAAUGGAGGCUGUGGAUGUACUUGGAAAAAUGGCAAGGUUAAACGGUGCAGAACUUCCUUCGGGUAAGCUUGUCUCUGACAAAAACAUUGAGCUAGAUGAAGUUUCGGAGUCUGCGACACUUCUGAAUGCUACUGCUAAAGCUGCUAAAGAAGAAGAAAAUGACAACAUCAAGGAAGACGAAGGUUCUGAUUUUGGAGGUUUCAAGUCUGUUUCUAAGCUGCUGUCACCAAAACUGCUCAGAGCAACUCUGCUUCUGUGGAUGGCUUUCUUCGGGAAUGCAUUUUCGUAUUAUGGUAUUGUUCUGUUGACAUCGGAGUUAAGUAAUGGCAAUAGGAUAUGUGCAAAACAGGAGGUUGAAUCAGUACACUCGAACAACUCAAGCUUAUACAAAAACGUUUUUAUCUCUAGCUUUGCAGAGAUUCCGGGUUCAUUCGUGUCGAUCAUGAUCGUGGAUAGAAUCGGCCGAAGGCUUUCAAUGGCUUCGAUGCUCUUCACUAGCUGUGUCUUUUUAUUCCCACUAGUGUUUUCCCGGACAGAAAUACUUACAAGAAUCUCGUUAUUCGGUGCCCGGCUCUGCAUUUCUGCGAGCUUCACAAUCGUAUACAUCUAUGCUCCUGAGAUCUACCCAACCUCGGUGAGGACGACAGGCAUCGGCGUCGCGAGCUCGGUGGGCAGGAUCGGCGGCAUUCUGUGCCCUCUUGUCGCUGUUGCUCUGGUGCACAACUGCCAUCAGACAACCGCGAUCCUCCUCUUCGAGCUCGUGGUUUUCCUCUCAGGAGUGGCUGUCAUGUUCUUCCCUUUCGAGAUGAAAGGCCGCAGGCUCAACGACACCGAGGCUGAUAUGCAUUGAUGUGGCGGGUUAUAUCGUAGGACCAAUUUUUUGUGUCCUGAGAGCAGUGGUGGCAUAUUAUCGAACAUCUUUUUCCAACAUGAUACCGAUAUUGAUUAUAGUGAUCUUAGAUACCGGGGAAUCUUUUCCCCUAGGAAUGAUCCCCAUUCACUUGGCGGCGGUGCGAGGGGUUUGCAGAGUAUAAGAAUAGUUGGGGCUGGGUCGGUUGUGCCCUGUUGUUUUGUAAUCUAUACUUUGGACUUUGGAAUGAUAUAAUCGUUGGAAUAAGGAAAUAUACCAGUUAGGCAGAAACUGGCUUUUUUA